UACUAUAUAACAAAUAAUUUGAGCUCCGUAAUUAAAGGAACAGCUAUGAGUGGUGCAGUUGUCAUGGACGGAUUAAACGGGAGAUCCAACCCCUUUAUGAAGUUAGAUCAAGGAGAUAAGAUACAAGCCUACUACAUGUGGGUUGACGGCUCCGGAGAAAACUUGAGAGGAAAGACAAGGACGCUGGACAGUGUGCCAGAUUCUCCCGAUGAUCUGCCAUGGUGGAACUUUGACGGUAGUAGUACAAACCAGAGUCUUGGUAAAAACAGUGACGUUCUCCUUAAACCAGUCGCUAUCUUCAAAGAUCCGUUCCGAGGAGGAGACAACAUCCUUGUUUUAUGUGAAACUUACGGGCCUGAUGAUGAGCCUCAUCCCACUAACCCAAGACACGAGUGUAUUGAAAAUAUGGAGAAAGCUGCUGAGCUUGAACCAUGGUUCGGUAUUGAGCAGGAAUACACCCUGUUUGACGCCCACAACAAAGAAGUAUACUGCUGGCCCCGAUACGGGUUCCCUGGCCCUCAGGGACCUUACUAUUGCGGUAUCGGAGCUGACAGAAUCAAGGGGAGGAAAGUGGUGGAGGCUCAUUACAGAGCUUGCCUCUACGCUGGUGUCAUGAUCGGAGGUUCCAAUGCGGAAGUUAUGCCCUCUCAGUGGGAAUACCAAGUGGGACCCUGCUCUGGAGUAGACAUGGGUGACCACCUUUGGGUAUCACGGUACAUUCUUCAUCGUGUAGCAGAGGAGUUUAAUGUUUGUGUCAGCUUAGAUCCUAAGCCAAUUGAUGGAGAUUGGAAUGGCGCUGGUUGCCAUACCAAUGUCAGCACCAAACCAAUGCGAGAAGAAGGAGGAAUGGAACACAUCAUGGUAGCUAUAGAGAAGAUGGAGGCUAAACAUAAGGAGCAUAUUGAAGCUUAUGAUCCGUCAGGAGGAAAGGACAACGCUAGACGGCUGACUGGUGCUCACGAAACAGCAAGUAUUAACGAGUUCAGCUACGGUGUAGCCCACAGGGGAGCCAGUAUCAGGAUCCCAAGAUCUGUUGAGAAGGACGGUUACGGUUACCUUGAGGAUCGUCGUCCAUCCAGUAACAUGGAUCCCUACGUGGUCUGCAACAGAAUCAUCAAGACCAUUGCAAUUGACGAAGAUUAAAAACUAGUGUUGAUUUACAUUGGACUCGUAACUAGCAUAACUUAAACAUUGAUUAGUUAAUCAAUUAAUUAAUUUGUUAAUUAAUUGAUCAUUUUUCACGGUUUAAGGAUUCCAAACCUUGUGGUUGAGAUAGAUAUUUAUGAUUGUCAAUUGUUAUUUUGUAUUAUUGUAUAGUCAUAUGAAGUCUCAGCUUAUGAGCCGGGUCUUAAUUUUAAAAUAAAGCAUUAUUUUGCCAAAUCUAAUAUUUAGAUUCCAAUAUAGUGUUUAAAUAAUAUUUGUGAAUACCUAUACAUUGUGAUAUAUGAAAUGGAUUAUGUAAUAUAAUCUAACAUA